AAUAUCUCUUUGGACCACAGAAUACAAAGUACAGCUUGGACAUGUUGUGAUGUAAAACCUGCAUCUUAGGAGUUCAUGCUUGAUGAAGGCAGGCUUUAAACUUUAUCAAUGUCAUUAGUUAAACUGCACUUUAUUAAAUAAAUGAAACCUACACCAGAAUAUAAAUUUCCAAGAGAAGAAUCCUGAGCUGACGUGUUCAAUGACUUUGUUCAGGUAGAUAAGCAGGUGCUUUUAUGAGCUAGAUCAUUAUAAAUACAGCAUGAUCUCUCAGUGACUCACAUAAAGAACAAAUCAACACUGCCAGAAGAAACAUCUCUCAAACCGGACAACCACUGAUCAUUAAUAUGGAUCUGAAACAACGACUUCAGAAGCUGGAGUGCUACUUCACCUGGGAUCUGGGAGACAGUAAAAAUGAACUCAAGACUUUACUGAGUAACUUGAAUGAUGUGAACCUGGAAAGAUGUAUUUGGCUGCUUCACUAUUACAACCUGCUGGGCUACAUCCAACAGACUCUCGGCUUCAACACAGAGGCGCUGAUGUACCUGCACAAAGCAGAAAGUGUGAUGCAGGAGCAGGGAACAGAAGAAGCUGCAGUCCGGCUGCAGGUCAACAAAGCUAACCUGGCUUGGAUCUACUUCCUCAUGGGAGACAUGGAUAAGAGUAAAGCAUACCUAGAAGAGGUGGAGAGGCUUCAGCGAAUGCAUCCUGCUCCACCUGGAUGUGCUCUACAUCCUGAAGUCAGUGGAGAAAAGGGCUGGACGCUGGUGAAGUUCAACAAGUCCAAGAAGCGUCAGGCGAUUGAUUAUUUUAAGAUUGCUUUGAAAGCAGAACCAGAAAGGAAGGAAUGGCACAAAGGUCUUGCCAUAGCCAUGAACAAGACAUAUAAAAUUCAUAACUGCUCUCCAGAGCUUAACACAGAAGUUCUAAAACUGCUGAAAACUGCACAUGAGAACGAACCAAACAAUUUGCUCCUUCACGCUCUUUAUUUAGAAAAACAGUACGAGGUGCAACGAGAAGACAAUGAGAGACAGAUGCAAAAUUUACUAGAGAAAACUCUUGAAACUGGAGACCUGGAGUGUUUGGGUACUAUUUUCAGGUAUUUUGGAAAAAUUUCUGUUGAUAAAGGUAUUGAAGCGGCAGAGAGAGCUCGAGAAAAGUUCCCCACCUCAAACAGAGUGUUGAAACAUCUGGCAAAUUGCUACAAAUGGAAGGUUUUCAAUAUGAAAGAGGACAACAUGGAAAGGAAGACACUGGCUAUGAAAUCCACUGAGCUGUUUGAGGAGGUUGUCAGACAUCAUCCUGACUCACUCAGAGAAACAGUAGGCCUUGCAUCAAUGCACAAGUACGCAGGCAACAGUAAGAGAGCAGAUGAGAUUUACCAGCAGCUCCUGUCAAAUAUAGAUGAUUUCCCUCCCCACAGCCAACAGUAUAUUUACUAUAGUUAUGCCUGCCAUCUACACUACUGCAGACGGUCAGAAGAUUCAAUCAUCUUCCACAUGAAAGUGGCAGAAAUCCGAGCUAUUUCAGAGGACAAACAAAAGAGCAUUAGGAUUCUUAAAAAUAUUGCCAUGAAUCGCAAAAAUCCUCGCUGUAAGAAAAUUUUGAAUUUUCUGGAAAGAAUUUACAUUGAUGAUUAAAAUGUGCUUUAAUGCAACAACCUUUAAAAAUCAUUAUGAAUGAUGUUCUCUC